CAUUUCAGUACUUGGACAGUCCUUUGCCCAUGGCUCCCAUUUUCUCCCUGUUUCUUGCUUUUCUCAUGGUUUCCUCAAGCGAUGCUCAGGGUCCACCUUCCCCUGGAUACUCCCCCUCUUCCGGUGUCAGAACCGUGAACUUCGAUCGAGUUUUUAGAAGUCUAUGGGGUCCUCAGCAUCAGAGACGAGAUCAGGAUUCUUUAACGAUCUGGCUUGAUAAAACCUCAGGAAGUGGUUUCAAGUCACUUCAGCCAUACCGAUCUGGUUAUUUUGGAGUUGCCAUGAAACUCCAACCUGGUUAUACAGCGGGAAUCAUUACAUCUUUCUACCUUUCAAACAAUGAAGAACACCCUGGGAACCAUGAUGAAAUUGAUAUUGAGUUCCUAGGAACAACACCAGAUCAGCUCUACACUUUGCAGACAAACGUGUAUAUCAGAGGAAGUGGCGAUGGGAAUAUAAUUGGCAGGGAAAUGAAAUUUCAUCUGUGGUUUGAUCCUACACAAAACUACCACAACUAUGCUGCACUGUGGACACCUACCGAGAUUAUAUUUUUCGUUGACGAUAUACCGAUUAGAAGAUACGUAAAAAAGAGAGACGUUACAUAUCCAACCAGACCGAUGUGGGUUUACGGAUCGAUAUGGGAUGCAUCAUCUUGGGCGACGGACAAUGGAAGAUACAAAGUUGAUUAUAACUACCAACCCUUUGUUGGUAAAUACACAAACUUCAAAAUCAGUGGCUGCACAGCCGACGGCCUCGGCUCAUGCCGGCCGCCCUCGGUGUCUCCGUCUGGUUCUGGCAGCCUUACUCAACAGCAACUCUCGGCUAUGAAUUGGGUCCAAAGGAACUAUUUGGUUUAUGACUAUUGCCAGGACCCUAAGAGGGAUCAUGGUCAGACGCCUGAGUGCUAAAUUAAGAUUUGGCUAUUUACCAAGAUGCAUAAUUGUGA